AUGAGUGAACUCUCCGUGGCCGUCGCCGCUCUUGUCGUGGCUCUCGUUGCUCUUGUAACAGCCUUUGGUCAACUCCUUCAAGCCUACUUCGCGACAGCGGACGGCUGGCGUCGUUGUCAGUCGUCAGUCAUGGGUCUCUGGUCAAAAGAAACCAAGCUUCGAUGGCGGUGGGCAGAAUUCAGAUUCGAGACCUAUUUUAUGAUUCCACGCAUCAUAUAUCGAACUCCUAUGGGCCUACCAAAAAACGGCGUCGUCGAUGGAGAGGUAGCUCUGACAAAUUCUCCAGCGAAUCUAGAUGCCAGUAUGACGUUGCCAGGCUGGGAGGAUAAGAAAGCGCGGGCUUACUACAACAGUGAUAAUGUUUGUUGUUGGGUUCCUCUUCUUGCCCAUCUCCAUAGGCAGGGUGGUAAUAUCGUGACGGAUUUCAUUCAACAUGCUGGCCCGAGAACCACUUCCGUUUCUCUACCGACCAUCCAGUUCAUUCGGAAGUCGUGGGAUUUUAUGCCUACGGAUGUUGUCAGACCAAUGGCAAGUACAACAGUAUCUGAUAUUGCCAUAAUGGCACGAAGACUGGGCAUGGUAUGGAAGAAAUUCGACCCUGGAGAGGCUAUGCGAGCAGAGGGGAAUGGUCAUAUUUUCACCUCGUCCAUUGCUCGAUCACUAGGAAUCAUACUCCAAUACUCCUUCACAGCUCGAACCAAGAACGAUAAUUCCUUCUACAUCCCCGUCAUUCAAGCCGAUAAACUAGGCUUUGGACUUGUCGAGUUCGAUCCUUCUCUUUUUGGGGAAAUGGAUUUCGAUCUUGAUAUCGGGUCUUUCGCUGGAUUUGCUCAGAGCCUCACACUUUUAUUCUCAAAACAUGGGGAUAGUUGGGAUCGAACGGAGCCAAUGAUGUUUUAUGUCAGAUCUGAAAUGCAGAACGGUGAUCGGAGCUUCAUCCGUGGAUUCAAUGAUUUACUUCCUCUUUGCUCGCGGUUGUUGGUUUUGCCUUGUCCGACGAUUGGGUUGAUGGAUCGCAUUCCUGCUCCAAAUACAUAUCAUACCGGCGUCACCUCAUCUCGUGCCGGAUUCCAAGUUUUUACCAAGAAGCUCCAAGAUUUAGUAUCUGAACGAGGCGCAAAUGUGAGCCCACAACUGGAGCUCAUUCUGAGAUAUUGUUUACACCUGAACUCCAAGGAGUACGAUGACCUAUGGCACUCCGGCUUUCUCGACGGCGACGCACAAAUCCAAAAACACAAACUACAACUUCGCAAUCUUCUGAUCGGCUAUCACACUGAGAUGACCGCCUUCCUCCAAGAAAAUAAAGUCAUCUACGCACGUUUAGUCAUCGAACAUAUUCUCUCGGCAACCCUACCCGCGGAAUCCGAUGCCCCACCUCCUUCAGUCAAUACAGGUCUCUGGUCCGAGGAUCUCAAUUGGCGACAUGUUGCCAGCAUGGAGGAUUACUUUAAGAAUCUCCCCGAUGUUGCGAAAAGGGUUGUUAAGCAACAUGCCUAUCAUCUGGCGGAGGCGGAGGCGGAGGAUGCGUGGCUCGCGAUGAUUUUUAGAGCUUGUUGUUGGCAGAGGUCGCAUUGUAUGAUUUUGAAUGUUCCACCUCUUCCUUCGGAGUAUUGGGAUAGUAAGAUGCCUGUUUAUAUUGGGUAG